AUGACCUCCACCAAAGAACUCGCCGACACUUUACCACUCUACCCUCCGGAUCCGACAGGUGGAAAUGCACACGAUUCCCAGCAUAGCAGCUGGGCAGCUUAUUCACUAAUUCCUCUGGAAGAAGGCGAUCAAGAACGCCUCUUGGAUGACCUGAACACUGGCGAUUGGACAACAGGCCAGUGUAUUCUCGCGACCCAACCAGACUUUUCCGGUCGCACACUUAGAGACAUCUACGACCACCACAUCGAAGCGAGCAAAGAAGACAAUGAAAUGCAUCCCCAUUUCAUCAUCGUGGCCGACCAAGAGGAUUGGGAUAACAACGGUGUUCUUCUGGUGUACCUGUACGCUUCAAGACAAUUGUCUCCCCGGNAUGAUGAUGACUACGAUGACGAAUUCGUCGUUGGAGUCCUGCGCUGUGGAGUCGAAAUGGUGGAUUGCAUCUGCUGCAAUCUCGAAAUCGCCAAUAUGGGUUGGGAGGAAUUCAAAGAGCAAGAUGAACGCGAUUGGGGUGGUGAGGAUCUCGAAACGAACCCGCGAUACUCCAAAUACAACCUCAAGACGGGCGAGUUGAAUUAA